AUGAAUUGGAAUUCAUCUCCUUAUCGUCCAAAGGCGAAUGGAGCUGUAGAAGCUGCCAACAAGAACUUAAUGAAAAUACUCUGUAAGAUGGUGCAGGGUUCCCAACAAUGGCAUGAAAAGUUACCUUUUGCUUUAUUGGGUUAUCGUACUACAGUUCAGACUUCAAUUGGUGAAACUCCUUACUUGUUGGUGUAUGGAACUGAAGCAGUUAUACCUAUGGAGAUUGAAAUUCAAUCUCUUCGAGUAGUUGUAGAAGCUAAAAUUGAUGAUGACCAAUGGGUCAAGACUCUUUUGGAGCAAUUAAGCUUGGUUGAUGAGAAAAGAUUAAUAUCAAUAUGUCAUGGACAACUAUAUCAGAAGAUAAUAGCACGAGCAUAUAACAAAAAAACAUGUCACAGAUAUUUUAAAGUUGGUCAGUUAGUACUAAGGCGCAUCCUACCACAUCAGAUUGAAGCCAAAGGCAAAUUUUUUCCUAAUUGGCAUGGAUCAUUCAUGGUGAAGAAAGUGUUACUUAAUGGCACGUUAUAUCUGACUGGCAUAGAAGGCAAAAUGGAAUGA